UUUUAAAGCUGUAAUAUAUUAUGAGAAAGAAAAAAACAAAGUUGGGGAAAAAGUUAUAAUAUUAUAGGAAUGGUCAUAAUACUGCAUUAGCAAAAGACAUUUACGAAGAUUAUUUAAGAAGAAAAAACUGUAAAAAUGGAAAAAAAAAAGAGUGAAGUUGAUAUUAAAAAUGUUUUUUCAUCAAUAUGACAACUCUAAGAUGCAGUUUUUUCUUGAAAAAAUACUUCUUAGCAUAUCGACUGUACAUGCAUUGCUUUAAAAAAUAUCAAAAAUGUCAAAAUUGCAUCCUUUCAUUUUUGACUAUGUGGCCCUCACUGGGAAUAGUGUGACACCCGUGGGUUAUAUGCAUGCAUUAUAUAAUGAGCGUUGAUUAGAUAUGCAUCUAACCUCUACAUCAUCAUGAUGGUCUUGGUGUUCCUGCCCUGUUGAUGUUGCCGUCAUAUCUGAUUGAAAGACUUUCCAAACAGGUUCUGUAGAUGCAGGACUUGCUGCAGGUCGUGGCUGCGUAGUGGCCGUGCAGGUUUGAGUGCGAGCUGUUGGAAUGCAGACGGUCCACUGCAGCACUGAAGAUUCACUUUCACACAUAAACCACCACUUGAUGUCUUCAAGGACUUCCUUUCUUAUUUGUGAAGCAAAGCGGCUCAUUUUUUUUCCUAGCGAGAGCAGUCCCAUCCAUGUCUCCUGCCCUGGCCAGGUCGGCUCCCAGUGAGCUCAACCACUGGUGGAGUAAGCUGAAGUUUCGCCUUCAAAACAAGAAAGGAUGGAACGAGAUGUUGGAUGAGACCUUCCUGCUCCAAACCAAGUGCACCAACGACAUCCCCCUCUUCUACGCGGCAAAAAGGAACAGCGUGGGCUGCAUCAAGAAGUUCCUCAACUGUUCUUCUACUAACAUCUUUGAGAGAGGAGCUCUCGGAGAGACUGCGCUCCACGUUGCCGCCAUGAGUGACAACCUGGAUGCUGCCGUGGCCCUGAUGGACGGAGCCCCCGAACUCAUCAACGAGCCCAUGACCUCUGACCUCUUCCACGGUGUGACUCCUCUCCAUGUGGCUGUGGUCAACCAGAACUUGAAUUUGGUCUAUGAGCUGCUCAUUCGUGGGGCGGAUGUGUCGACGCCGAGAGUCACUGGCCUAUACUUCAGGAAGAGGAUAGGAGGACUUAUCUACUACGCGUGUGCCGGCAAUGAGGACAUCAUCUCCAUGAUCAUCGAUGCAGGGGCCAGCACCAGGAUCCAGGAUUAUCGCGGUAACACGGUGCUUCACAUUUUGGUCCUGCAGCCCAACAAGACAAUUGCAUGCCAGGCAAUUGACCUGAUCAUGGCCCGCGAUGCAGAAUUGGACCAGUCGGUACCCCUUGAUAUGGUGGCCAACUACAGAGGCUUUACACCUUUUAAACUGGCGGCCAAAGAGGGAAACAUAGUGGCCUUUCAGCACCUGGUGAACAAAAGGCGUUUAGUCCAGUGGAGUCUCGGACCUUUGACUUCUCACCUCUACGACCUUACCGAGAUUGACUCAUGGGCCGACAAUGUGUCGGUGCUGGAGUUGAUCGUGGGAAGCCAACAGAAAGAGGCUAGGAGGAUACUGGAGGUGACCCCAGUGAGGCAGCUUGUUAGCCUCAAGUGGAACCUGUAUGGAAAGCACUACUUCAGACUGCUGAUGGUUUUCUACCUGCUCUACAUUGGAACGUUCACACUCUGUUGUACGUAUCGCCCUCUAAAGGACUCUCCUGCGAACUACUCGUCUUCACAUAUGGACAAAACCAUCCGAGUCCAGAAGACACUCCGUGAGAGUUAUGUAACCUAUGAGGACAACCUGCGUCUGGUAGGAGAGGUCAUCAGUCUUCUGGGAGCAUUGGCCAUCCUCUUGCUGGAGAUCCCUGACAUCCUGAGGGUGGGAGCGAGGCGUUACUUUGGUCAGACAGCACUCGGAGGUCCCUUCCAUGUUAUCCUUGUGAGCUACGCAUGCCUCGUAGUGCUGCUAUGUGUGUUCAGAGCGUGCAGCGUACAGGGUGAGGCCGAGGUCAUGGCUGUGUGUCUGGUGCUGGGUUGGAGCAACGUCAUGUUCUUCGCCCGCGGUUUUGAAAUGCUCGGCCCCUAUGUCAUCAUGAUACAAAAGAUUAUAUUUGGAGACCUGACCAAGUUCAUGUGGCUGAGUUUCAUUGUUCUGCUUGGCUUUUCAACCUCCCUGUGGAUGGUGUACAUGACUCAGGAUCCAGAGUCCAUCCCGGCAUAUCGCUCCUUCCCCAUCACGCUCUUCUCCCAGUUUGAGCUCAGCGUGGGCCUCAUCGACCUGCCAGUGGACCACACUUUUACGACGCCCCCUAUCGUCCACGUGCUGCACUGUGCCUUCUCUGUGGUGUCCUACAUCCUUCUGCUCAACCUGCUGAUCGCCAUGAUGAGUGACACACACUGGAGGGUGGCCCAGGAGAGAGAUGAGCUGUGGAGGACUCAGGUGGUGGCUACGACACUGAUGCUUGAGAGGAGGCUGCCCCGCUGCCUUUGGCCUCGACUGGGAGUGUGUGGGCUCAGCUACGGCCUCACAGAGCGCUGGUACCUCCGAGUGGAGGACAGGAACGACCCCAUGUUGCAAAAGAUGCGGCGAUACAUGAAAGUGUUCACCAAGGAAGAUGACAAUCACAAGGAAGAACCACAGCACGCGGAUGUGAACCCAAAGCUCAGACCAAGGAACAGACGAUGCUUGGCGGGAUGGCAGAUGAUUCGUCGCAGCGCUUUGGGCAUGGACAUAGAGUUGGAGGAGCCUCAGGACGAGCAGGACAUACAUGUAUGUCUGGAAUAACUUAUAUUUGUCUUGUAGUCUUACACGAUAGAAAAGAGUGUUAUUUUGUAUUUUUAUACCAAUACAGUAUAUACAUGUAGCAGAGCUAAGCAGGAAAAAAGCCAAAGAUAUUGCAGAAAUGAUCUAUAUAUAUGAAAAUAAAAUUGUAUUUAUUUAAUUCACUUUAAUUUCACUAACUAAAGAGCUGAUAUUUAGAAGGUCUGGUCAUUCAGUGUAUAAACAUUUAAAAUUUGUUUGUGUGUCAUGAUUGUA